AUGUCCGACCUCCAUUCCCCAAUCGAUAGAUCAGAUACGCGUUCUCCGAUAUCCGUACUCCCCGUAGAGCUCUUCAUCCGAAUCGCCGAUUUCGUCGCAAGCGAUGAUCCCCCAACUUGGAUCGUCCGCGGAGAUACCGAAAGGGAACUUAUCGUGACGGAGAACAUAUUGGGGUUCCUCGUGAUUACCCAUGUCUGUAGUCGCUGGCGAAGUGUUUGCCACGGCGCGCUCGAGCUGUGGGGCUCGGCGACUUCUGCUUUGGCGGAAAAGUCAACUCUACACGUCUCCAUUGACCAUUCGAUACCGACUGUGCGCAUUCUUGUACCACCAAUCCUACCUGCGCUGCGCGUUUUGUCGUUCUCGACCUUAUGGGACCUUCCUAUGAUGUCAGUACUCGACAUCCUUGCGCAAACACCCCUGCUCGAACGCCUACACUUCAAUGAAUGUCAUUGGUCUAUGACACCCGAUGAAGCCCGUCAAGAACGCCCGAAGCUCGUUAUGUCAAGGUUGACAUCCUUGACGCUUGACGAUCUGUACACGCUCAGAGACGGCGCUUGGUACAACAACUGCCCCUUGGAGUACCUCUACAAUCAUAUUGAUCUUCCAUCCGACACCCUCGUCACGCUCUCUCCAUGCUUCAGCGAUCUCGACUUCGAAGAUGGCAGUGCGAUUCGCCUGUUGCAAAGACUCUUUGCGCGGGUUUUGGCCGAUAUACGCCGCGGUCCCAGUCCGCCUCUGUGCGUCCACAUCGCAUGGUUGGACUCACCGAAACCCAUAUACCUCACUGCGCUACCGACGUUCGGCGAUCUCGCUAUCUUCAAAUAUCCUUCUCACCCGCGGCAUCGCGAGUUACAACGCGCGAAGAUUGGGCUGCAUACGAUAGGGCUUGAGGAGGUUCUCCUUGACGAAAGCAUUGUCAAUACGUUGAAAGGCGUCGAGAUGCUAUCUAUACCGACCGAUCGCAUCACGCGCAUCUCUGGCAACUACCUCUUCCUAGAAGAAGCGCUGUUCAGUGUCUUCUCUGACAUCCGAAUCUUGCGUAUAUCGCAGACUACGAAGAACAACAGCACGGACACUUGGCUGUUCUUACACGAGCUCGCAGAGUUCGUGAGGAGCGACACUCUAAAGUAUCCGCGCUUGGAGGAGAUAUGGAUCUCGCCUAUCGUCUCUGUUGCGGUUGACGCACAUGUCGUGCGGAAGGUUGCGGGGAUUGUUGCGCAGCGGGAUAAGCAUCCGGAUAACAGGAUACAUACGGUGAGGUUGGGCAUACCGAGGCCUUCAGGAGAUAGUGAGGAGGGCGUUUCGGCUGCUGAGCUUGAGAGCUUGGUUCCGAAUGUUGAAUGGGCAGCCUGA